CCUCCAUCACCGCACUUCCCACCCCCAAAACCCUAAACCUCAAAAAACCCCUUCGUUUUGGGAUUUUUGCAGGUCCAAAUUUUCUCUCAGCCCAAACAAACCCUAAAUUUUCUCCAUUAUCCCUCCUCCAAAUGGGCAAGUCAAGUAAGAAAUCGGCUCCCAAGGUUGAUGCGACUCCUGCUGUGUCUGCUAAGAAAGGUAACAAGAGGGAAGCUGAAAAGGAGAUAGCGAAGGUUGUUAGUGCAAAGAAGCAGAAGAAGGAUGUGGCAGUAGAGCAGGCUGCUCUGAAGAAGAAGAUUGAAGGAAAGACACAGAAAAAGAAAGAGGAAACCAGUAGUUCUGAGGAGUCAGAUGACUCAUCUUCCGACUCUGAGGACCAAAAGAGGAAGCCUGUUGCCAAAGCUGUUGUGGCUGCGAAGAAACCAGUUGCUGCUAAGAAUGGUAUUGCUGCUGCUAAAAAUGGGAACUUGUCAUCAAGUAGUUCGGAUUCGUCAGAUGAUGACUCUGAUGAGGAUGGAAAGCCUCAAAAGAAAGCUCCGGUUGUAGCUCCCAAGAAAACGGUUCCAGAAAGCAGCUCUGAAGAAAGUGAUUCUGAUUCAGAUUAUGAUGAGAAACCUCAAAAGAAAGCUCCAGUUGUAGCUCCUAAGAAAACAGUUCCAGAAAGCAGCUCUGAAGAAAGCGAUUCUGAUGAGGACAAGCCUGUGCAGAAAGUACCUGCUGUUGCCCCCAAGGCAAAAAAGGAGUCCAGUGAUAGCUCCUCUGAAUCUGAAGAGUCAUCGGAUGAAGAAGAAAAGAAACCUGUUGCCAAAGUUUUGGAUGGUGCUAAGAAACCUGCCGCUGCUGCCAAGACAACUAAACAGGAAUCUAGUGACAGUUCAUCAGAAAGUGAUUCUUCUGAUGACGAGAAACCUGCUGCUAAAGUUUUGGACAGUGUUAAGAAACCCACUCCUGCUGCUAAAGUUUCGGACAGUGUUAAGAAACCCACUCCUGCUGCAAAGACAACCAAACAGGAAUCUAGUGGUGGUUCGUCAGAAAGUGAUUCUUCUGAUGAUGAGGAUGCUGGAAAACUAAGUGCAAAAGCUGUUGAAAAAGAAAGCAGUACGGAUGAUGAGGACAGCUCUGAUGAAUCAGAUGACAAGCCUGCAAAGCCACUGGCAAAGCCAGCUAAAGUUUCAAAGCAAAAGAGCAGCAGUGAGUCGGGAUCUGAGGAUGACUCAUCUGAGGAGGAAAAACCUUCAAAGACCCCAAUGAAAAAAGACACUGAUGUUGAAAUGGUAGAUGCUGCUGUUACACCAGAUGCAAAAUUCGGGAAGAAAGCUUCCAAAACUCUUACUACUCCUGAGACUGGUUCAUCAAAGACAUUGUUUGUUGGCAAUUUGUCAUUCAACGUUGAACGAUCUGAUGUGGAAAAUUUCUUCAAAGGUGCUGGUGAAGUUGUUGAUGUGCGUUUCUCAGUGAAUGAGGAAGGAAGAUUUAAGGGCUUUGGACAUGUAGAGUUUGCCACUGCCGAAGCAGCAAAAAAGGCACUUGAAUUGAAUGGCAAAGAAUUUAGGGGUCGUGCUGUGAAACUUGAUUUCGCUCGUGAAAGGGGUGCAUAUACCCCAUACAGCGGCGGCAAGGACGACAGAAACUCAUUCCAGAAUAGGGGAAGAGAUCAGGUCAAGACGAUUUUUGUACGUGGUUUAGAUAAAUCCAUUGGGGAGGAUGAGAUUAGGAGUUCGUUGCAAGAGCACUUUGGUUCUUGUGGUGAGAUUUCAAGAAUAAGCGUUCCAAGAGAUUACGAUACUGGUUCCAUUAAAGGGCUCGCGUACUUGGACUUCAAUGACACUGGUAGUUUCAACAAAGCUCUAGAACUAAAUGGGGUUGAACUUGACAACAAUUAUUUGACGGUGGAAGAGGCAAAACCCCGAACCAGUUUCAAUGAUAGAAAUAAUUCGGGUGGACGUAGUAGUAACAGGUCUGGACGGGGCCCUGGUCGCUUUGGCGGAGGACGAGAUCGAGGCCGAGGUCGAGGUCGCUCAACUCCCAACAAACCAAGCCUGACUCCUCAAGGAAAGAAGACGACCUUCGGUGACGAUUGAGUAAUUAUAGGCAAUUUUGGAUGAUGGUUUUUCCCUUGUUUUUCCAUCAUGUUUUUUUUAGGUGCACUUAAAUUUAAGCGAGUAUGGUAUUUUGAGUCAUGAUACACUUUUUAUGUUUUACAUGCUUCCCUUGAAACUACAGGAGGUGAUGAUCUCCUAUUUAAAUAUUAUUAUCCUAUGCAUGAAAAUUUACUAUGUUGAGUAACGUGUUAUCUACAGACCACAAGACAAUGGCAGUCUGCCUUGUCUUAGGGUGAACAGGGUUGACUUUUGAGUGAUAGUCAAUGACUUUUUGUUAA